AUGUCUCUUUCUAGCUCUCGCCCAGCCACUAGCGCAGCAGUUCCUGCGCCCGACCACCCGCCCGACGAGGUUCCGAACGUUGCUGCUGCCUUGGACCAGUCCGCCACAAGGUGCGUUCCUUCGCCACCCUCGGCCGACGGUCCAUCAGGCAUGCCCGCCAUCUGCCCGUCUGCUCCAACCUCGACGGCUCGUGACACCUCGGAGCCAUCCGACUCCACGACCGCUACCUUGCAGCACGCCCUGAAGUCGGACACGGACAUGGCACCGUCCGCUAUUCGCUCCUCAACUGUGGAGGAUUCGCCAUCCUCGUCCAUCGAUCAUCACCACGUUUCAACAACCUCGACACUAUGUGCGUCUUGCCAGGAGCGACCAGCAUUGACCUCGCAGUCCACCGCAGCUGAAGUUCGAGCACCGAACCAACACCUACCGAACUUGCGAGACGCUGCUACAAUAACGGAAGCGUCUGAGGACGAAUUGCGUGGUUCGCCGAUGGCAGAGCAGCCUGCACAUGCCGCGCCUGUCGCAAAGGCAGGCAUCCUACACGCUGACCUACGCAGCAGCCCUCGUGUGCCGCCAAACCAAGGUGCUUCAACGGGCACAGGCGCGGUGUCAGACCCUCCGGCAGAGCCCACGCCUGCGGUUUUCCACGACAUCCCUCUUCCGGAGUUCUUAACGGGGGACGCGAACCAGCAGCGGUGCACCUUGAGUGCAGGCAUGCUCUUCGACACGGCGCACCUCUGCCAGCCGCGCCCACUCGCGCCACCCGGUGCGCUACCGAAAGGCCCAAUCAAGUCGUCGUGGGACCCGCCUGGGCACGACCCCAGCGUACUUUCUCCCAGUUCUCCGCCCACUGCGCUUCUCUCAGAGCCGCCCGCCAGAGACCCAAUGGUUCCCGAUAGUCCUUUACCGUUGACGACGUAG